UGGCCUGAGAACAGCCUGGAAUUUUGCCAAAAGCCUGAGGAAACAUUUUUCUAGGCAGCUGGGACUCUGUAACUCCACACCAGCUCAAUUCCCCUCCCCCUUCCUGCAUUAUUCAGUCUGCUGCUCUGCACUAGGAUUGUAAACCACACGGUUUCUACUAAGAGUAUAAAGUUCUAAAGACUAACCUGAGUACAACCUGAAAUGUCCAGGUAGACGAGCUUGUGGCAGCCCUUCCCUGUGGCAAGACUGCCUUGCAUGGAACAAUUGGUUCAAGUCUGUCCAAAACCCAAAUCAUUUGAGGCUAUCUUAGUUUUCAAGUUUCUUUGGAUUCUUGUAUAGUGUCAAGUCACCAGUCUGUUGCUGGAACCAUCUGGAUAUCAGGAUGCAAGUAAUUAGGAUUAUAUUGGUGCUACUCCUUUGUAGAGCAGUAGAGUUCGUGAAAAUUAAGAAUGGCAGCCAUGGAAACAGAAUGAGGGACUGCGGCAAGAAAUGUCUCAAAAAGCGCUCCACUCAUAUCAAAAGAUUUGAUCAAUUCCUAAGCACCAUAUGCAGUGAAAGUUUGCAUGAAAAUGAAAAAAUAAUGGAUUGUCAAGAUAAGCAACUUAUUACAAUUCCUCCUAAUUUGCCAAGGGAUGCUGUUCAUUUACAGUUAGCAGGAAAUAGAAUACAUAGGUUAAAGGCCCUGAUGUUUUCAACAUUAAAGAAUUUGAAGAGCCUCGACUUACAACGAAAUGCUAUAGCAUAUAUUGAAGAAGGUGCAUUUGAGGGACUGGAUGAACUGACUACUUUAUUAUUGCAGCACAAUCAAUUACAGUUUAUGUCAGAGGAGGUUUUUAUGCCUAUCCCCAAACUAAAAUAUCUGCGCAUUUAUGGCAACCCUUGGAAUUGUAAUUGUAAGCUGGACCAAAUGAUCAGGAAGUUGCAGAUUCCUGGUCAACGAAAUCUAGGUAAUCUAGCCAAAUGUGAAGCUCCGAAACAUUUUGCUGGUCAUAAGUUAAAGACAAUCAAUGUGAGCAUGCUGUGCCAGGAUGAGAAUAAUGAUGAGCGUCCUUUACCGAUUCAAAAUACUGCUGACUCCACAAAAUGCAACAUCUACCUUUUCCCAAAGUCAAGAAUAGAUUGCCAAAAUAAAGGCCUAAUGAAAGUUCCAAUCGACAUUCCUGUUGAAGUUCUGGAAAUUGAUCUAUCCAAAAAUAAAAUCAGACAAUUGAAUGCCAAAAACUUCAUGAAUUUUAAUGAAUUAGAAACAUUAAACCUCAGCAGCAAUGCAAUAGGAUACAUAAAUCCUGCUGCAUUUGCUGGUCUUUUGCGCCUGAAGGAGCUGGAUCUAUCUUCAAAUGUUUUGCACAACUUUGAAUAUGGCGUCUUGGAGCACCUGUACUUUAUAGAGAAGUUGGUUCUUACUGGAAAUCCAUGGAGAUGUGAUUUUCAAAUCCACUAUUUGGCCUACUGGUUGCAGGUUCACUACAAUGUACAAUUUGAAGGCCUUGAAUGCACAAUACCCAAUGAAUAUAAAGGCUGGACUGUGCAGAGGUAUAUCAAAAAAUAUUAUGAGGAUUGUCCCAAAGAAAAGACAAUAGUUGAUUUUGAUACAUAUGAUUCUGAUAAAUCAGAAGAAGAAGAAAGCAGAAGGUUACCCUAAAUAGUUGUAGCACAAGUAAUCCAUGCCUACCUAUUACAUAUGAAAAAAUAACUACACAUAUGAAUAUGUAAUCUUAUUUCACAUAAGCAUUUAGAUAUGCCAAAAUCAGUUGCUCUAGCCCUCCUUGAGUAUUAUUACAAUAUUAUGGAAAAUGAGAGUUUCGGGUGUGCAUAUUCCAACUUUUUCAAGGAAUUUCACAGUUUUUUUUGUAAGGCAGGUGGAAGACAACUGAAAAAUACAGUGAAACCUCGAUUAUCCGAAGUCCUUGCGCUGGCAGGUUUUCAUUCGGAUAAUUGAUUGUUCGGUAAAUUGAUUUGACGUUAAACAAAGGAAACUGCAAUGCCUAUAAUUGCAUUAAAAAGCAUGCUAACAGAGUUUUAUUUCAGUUGAUCACUAAAAUCUGUACAAACACUGCAUAUUGCUUAAAAAUUCAUGACAUUGUCUUCACCCAGGGCAGCAUGCAACAUGUCACGGCGGUAAUAUUUUUUCGGAACUGCAAUAAUUCCCUGAUCAAGCGGCUAUAACCUUGAAGUGGUGUUGUGUGGUAAAAACAAACACUUGAUAGUCUGCUGAUUGUGACUGGCUGCCUUUCACAGUGUGUGCCCCCGUGUUGUCAACAAGCAGAAGGGCAUGUUGCUCGAAUCCUUUGCUUGCCAAAUGUGACCUGACAGCAGGUACAAAAUCUUCAUGGAACCAGGAUGAGAAAAGGAGAUAUCUCAUCCAUGCCUUAUUAUGUGCUUUGUACUUCACGGGAAACAAGUUCUUGUCACAGUUCUUAAAGCAACGGGGAUUAGCAUAUUGCCUAAUGCAGACAAGCGGCAAUUUAUGAGUGCCAGUGGCAUUGUCACAAGGGAAAAUCGUGAUUUGAUCCUUCUGCGCUUUAUGUCCUGACACCUGCUUUUCUGGGUGGACGCAAGUGUUUUAUCUGGCAGUGCACGCCAGAACAAUCCACUUUCAUCUGCAUUGUACAAUUGCUCAGGUUCAUACUUUCCUUCAUGAAUGAUGGACUGCAGUUUUAGUCUGUAGUCUUCCACCGUGCUGUCAUCCACAGACUUCUGCUCCCCAAGAACGCUGAGCUGCCUAAUGCCAUGACGAUUGUUUGAAGCACUGUAACCAGCCCACUGAUACACUGUGAUCAGACUCACCAGUGUGGAGGCAUUCAUGGAAACUGGCAGCUUUUUCCAGUAUCAUCUGGCCAGAUACGGGAAUUCACUUUUCACGCUGCUGUGAAAACCACAAAAAUACAGCUUGGUCAAGUUGCUCAUCCUUUGCUGGCUUCAUGGCUUUUCUUUUUAAAGCAUUUGCACUGUCACUUAAGCUGAUGAAUUUCUCAAUUGCUGGUCUUGCUUUCUUGAUGUCAGACACUGUCACUAUUCCAAUGUUGUACUUCUGUGCAAUCCUCUAUUCCUUUUCACCACAAUCCAGGCGCUGUAAAAUCUCACUUUUCUGUUCAAUUGUCACUGUGGUGCAUUUUCUCUUCACAGACAUGGUAAGUACAGUACCGUACAACAAACUCGAUCAGUUACACCAGAUACGAACUCGUAGAGGGAAUGAAGACACCACUGACUUUGUCAGGCAUUGUUAAAUCCUUCAGUAUGUCAGUUAUCUUCACGUGAUAAAAUUAUUUCAAUACUACGACAAUUGACUGACUAAGAUUGUUGGACCAGUGUCAUUAACACCUUAUCUGCUGCAACACUUCCACAUCAUUUUUUGUGCGAGUACCUCCCUGUUUUUCUCAGUUAAACCAAAGACCCGAUAUUUGCACUAUUGUUGGUUAAAAUUAUGUUAAAACUGCUACAAUUGACUGAUUGAGAUUGUUGCAGCAGUGUCUUUAACAUCUCUUUUAUGCAACAUUUGCAGAUCUUCUUCAGAGCAGGCAAUCCUCAUUACUCUGUGCUACUAACAAAAGACGCAAUGGCAACACCAUUAUAAGUAACGCCACUUUGUUAUAACGGUUUUACAGGACGAUCAGAUUCUGUUCAGACAAUCUGAUUUUCGCGUAAUUGGUAUUUGGAUAAUCGGGUUUCUACUCUAUAUACAUUUUUGUAGUAUUGCUGCAUUUUUAUGAAAUGUUUUAUUGUAUUUUAUUCUUCGUAAUAAUCUAGAAAACAGUAGCAGUACCAAAUAAAGAAAAUACUAUCAAAUUAUUUCAGGCUCUCUAACUAAUAAACACUUGAAUGUUUUAUCAUUCUGGACACUCUUCCUGCCAUAUAUGAUCAAUUGUGAUUAUGCCAUAUAUUAAGAUUUUUUGCAAGACAUUUUCCUUAUGUUUCCAUAGGAAGAAAUCAAAUAGAAAAAUUCUCACUUAAUUGCCACAUAAUCAUUAAUCAUUUGGGGCCACUUAGGGUUAGGUCUUUUAAUUUUUCAUCCCUAGAACAGUUGCAACAUCUGAUUGCUACAACUUACGUUGCUUCAGAGCUGGUCCCAUGUAGCCUGUCAGCCAAAAUGAAACAAAUAUUUAAUUAAACUUGGUCUGAGGACAGGUCACUGGACCGAAACAUUAACGCUGAUUUUGUUUCACAGAUGCUGACAGACCAGCUGAGCUUUUCCAGCAAUUUCUGUUUUUGUUUUUAAUUAUAUUUGCUAUGUAACAUGCAAGCUGAAGGAAAUUUGAAAUAGAAACAUUGCCAUUGUUAAUGAACAUGGUAACUACUAUUACGGUUCAAAUAUAGUCAAGGUUAAGGUCAAAGUCAGCUUUGAUUCUACAGUCCUGAAAAGCUAGGUGAAGGAAAUAAUGGCCAAAAACUGGAAUGGAAGUUUUAACUCUAAGUAAUGAGUUAAGAUCACAUUUCAAACUUUAUUGUAACCAAUGGAAGCAUUUAACACCUAACAAACUGGGACGCAAUACACAAACAGGUUUUGCAGUGCAAACUAAUUGUUAGACUAAAAUGCAUUAUAUCUUUUUAGUAUCCUGAGUUGAGUAUUAUAUCUUGCAUUUUAACAAUUGGUAACAAUCAGUCCUGCUAAAGCCCCCGAAACAUUUCUUCAAAUUAAGUGCACCUCUUUCCAUUCUCUAAUAGACCUUGUAUAAUUCUACAUUCACUCUCAAACUGCAUCAUCUAACAAUUCUGGUUUGAUUAAGAAGCCACAAGAGUGGCAUAAGCUACACCAGAGACCAGCACAACUCCUGUACAGUUCCAUUGUAGGUCUCAAUGUUAUGUUGUCUCCUAUUCUUCUCAACUCUUGAUGUUGGGGGCCCUCUGUUCUACCAUUCAAUUCCAAUUUUUGGCUGAUUUCUUCACAGGUGAGACAUCACUACUAGGUCAGUUUACCCAUUUUUUUCACAACAGUUCAGUUUGUGCUUGCCGGGAUAAUAAAAUCAAUAGCAGGCUUAAUGGAGAUAUUUGUUCCUCACAUUCCAUUGAGCUGUCAAAUUAACCUUUAAUUUAGCUUCACCAGAAUACUUCAUCUCUAACAUCUAAAUUUAACUUCUAGUUAUUAUUUUUGUGUAAACAUUAGGGCUAAUUUUAAUAUGACCUGUCUGACAGAAUUAAAAAUCCACAACACCAGGUUAUAAACCAACAGGUUUAUUUGGAGGCAUUAGCUUUCGGAGCACCGCUCCUUCUUCACAACCACUUGAUGAAGGACCGACAUUCCAAAAGCUAGUCCUUCCAAAUAAACCUACUGGACUAUAACCUGGUAUUGUGUGAUUUUUAACUUUAUCCACCCCAGUCCAACACCGGCACCUCCAAGUCAUGUCUUACAGAAACUAGUGAUGAUGAAAAUAUCAGCAGUGGACUUAUUUACCUCACUUCCUGCUAACCACUACACUGCUUCUGGUAUGUUUGUAUUUGCAUAAUCAUUCAUCUGUGUUAACUGAAAUGUAUUUUCUUGAUAAAAUUCAAAACGUAAAAAAAAUUGUUAUCUGUUGUUU